UUUGAGCUCUAACGCACUAAUGGCAGAUCUCAACGACCCGAACUCCUGUUUCAAGAAAGGAGCCGAAGUCGAAAUCAGCAGCAACGACGACGGCUUCCGUGGUGCUUGGUACCCGGGAACAGUAAUUCGUCCAACAAGAUCGGAAAACAAGGUCUUGGUGGAGUACAAAACCCUAACGGCAGAUGAGGCGGGGAAGAAACCCUUGAGAGAAACCCUAGAUUUGGUGCAAUUGAGGCCGCCACCGCCCCGGGAGCGUAAACGGAAUUUUAAGUUUAGUGAAGAGGUGGACGCUCAUCACAAUGAUGGGUGGUGGGAGGGAGUGGUCACUGAAGUGCUUGACAAUGGAAGGUAUUCGGUGUUUUUCAGGGGGACGAGGGAGCAGAUUGAGUUUGGGGAGGAGCAGCUGAGGCUGCACAGGGAGUGGGUUAAUGGGAAAUGGAGUCCGCCAUUGGAAGAAAGUGAGGGAAACCCAAAGGUUAGCCUCGUGGCCCUUAUUAAAAAGGUUGACAGAGACGUGUUCCUUUGUGAAAAUGCUGCUAAGGCUAAUGAGAUUUGUAAGCAUGAGAAGGGUAUUAUAAAAGUAUCAUUGCUGGUGAGGUUGAAGAGAUUAACUGCUAAGUCAUGUGGGUAG